CAAUGGUUUUGUAUCGCUAAAAAUUAGCUACCAAUUUAAGUUCCGAUAGAAAGUUUUUUUUUCACUCGCACUGUCGGUACGACGAUUAAGUAUCUUAAGGGGCAAAUGCACGGAACCAUCUGCAGAAGUCCCUCUCUCGGUUGCAAAUUGGAAGCCAUAAUGAUGGAGUAGUUAAGGACAGCAACAAUAAUUGAAAACAAUAAUUAACUUCGAUCUGCAUGCCCUUUUUUUUCAUACUUCACUGCUUCUUUCUGCUGGCUUUCUGUUUCGUUAUAUUCAUUUUGAAGGACCAAGGUAGCCGAAGCGUAUUCACAUAGCCCUAGCCUUUCUCUUAUGUAUCCUUAGCCUUUACUAUUCUUGUUAAGGACAUGGUAGUUAUUGGUAUAAACUGUGCAUAUUGGCUGCAACCGUAACAAUUACAUUGAUUGCCUUGUCUUGUGUAUUGCCUUUUUGCCUCGACCUGUUCUUUCUAUCACUACUUUAAUUUGUAAGAUAGAUAGAGAGACAUACAUAAGCAAUUGAAAUCGGAUAAAAUCUACCGUUGAAAGAUCUUUUUGGGUCGGGUGUACUUUUGGAAUUGGAAGGUUAAGUGUGAGUUUUUCCAAAAUUCGACCCGCGCUACAAAAAAACAGAAUGUCGUUAUUUUGUAUUUAACCCUAAUAAUAAGAGCAUUCACACUUGUUAACAUGAAUCCCGCAGAGAAGAAAUCUAACAUAUAGUAUAUCUUCGCCAAUAAUGCUCCGGACUUUCUUGUAGAAUACGACCGAGAAGUCUGAGGGGGCCUAGAGCUCGACGAGGAUCCACGGAGAAGAUAGCUUGCCGAACAUCCUUACCCGUCACCUCACCACACAACCGUUCCACGUCUCUCCUUGGCUUCAUGCUUAGUUACAAGCUGCUCUAGCUUAAUGGAUGUUAUUAAUUACUUAUUAGUCUAUGUGAUAAUAUAGUCUUAACAAUAUUGAUAAUUUAUAGAUGUUAUUAUUAUUAUUAUUAUUUAUGACAAUACUGUUGAGGGAAAAAAAAGAUAUACAGAUGUGGGUGUUCGGAGGACUUAUAUAUAGUUAAAUUUAUGAAAACCCCAUGAGGGACAUGCACCCCGGUAUUCAUUUGAUUGAAUUUUAUUUUUCAAAAUCCAAUAUAUAUUUUAUCGAGUUUUUUUUUUUUUUGGUGCACCUGUUGGGAUGAUUCUGGAUUUGGAGAAACCCGACUCAUUGUCAUCGAAAAUUACAUCCGUCUAAUAGUUGUGAAACGCAACACAUAAUAACGAGGGAUGCCAAAUUUACCAACAACAACCUCGGCGACCCAAUCAACCAGGAAAAUCCCCACAAUGAUCAGGAACAGAGCAUGUUGAAUAUUCACAAAAAAUGGUGGUGUCAUAUUAUCCUUCCCUUCUCCAUCUUUUACUAAAAUUUAAAAAUAACAUAACCAUAAACACCUUCAUUUCAUUCCCCCACCACCACCAAUUCCAUCCCUACAUAUUAACAUAUAUACCACCUCUUUCAACCUAAUUUCCCAUAAGAACUUUUUUUUUUAAUGUUUCUCAUACUUUUUUUGGUUAGUUUAUGAUAACGUUUUAACUUUAUGUGUCUUCAAUUUAAUUAUAUUUGUUUUGAGUUGAAUUCAUUUCAAAAUAUACUGACUAUAUAGAUUAUCCACAUGUGUUCGAAAAUUUCAAGAAUGAGACGGACGACAAUGGACAUGCAAUAGUAUCAAGUAUACGAAGGAGAAUAUCCAAAUUCAGAUAAUAUCCUCUUCUCUUACUUUUCUGCCUUUUUCAUCUACUUUAAUUCCUGUCAGCAAGAACUAUUUCUAUCUAUCUAUCUAUCUAUAAAUACCAGUUUCUGCUUCAUGAAUGAUGAUAAAAAUGAAGCAAAAACAUUUUUCUCGCAGAGCUGUGUUGUGAGUGAGUGUGUCUGUUUGGUGUUUGUCAUUUCUGUUUGUAUGGUUUCAUGUGAUGAUUGUUAGUGGAAUCCUCUCCUCUUCUUUUCUGGCCCAACUUUGAGUUUCAAUCUGCUGCUGCAAGUCUCUGCCCACUUAACUUCCAUUCUUGUGUCUUUUAGCAGUGCUGUUCUAAUCAUGGAACUGUUCGGAUCCCAACUCAGAAUCAUAAUUUAUUUAUAAAUAUAUGGGGUUUUAUUAAAAAAAUAAAUUCAAGGAAUUGGAAGAACAUGUUAACGUGAGAAAAGUUAUGGUCAAUCACUUUCAUUGAAGAAAAAGAAAGGAACCCAAAAUGACCCCCUACUGUAGCAAAACCAUAAAAAGUUAAAAACCCCAUUUCGAUCUUCCUUCCAAACCCACUUUUUUCACUGUUCCUUUCCAUCACCAUCCAUGUCUUAUUUAUCUCUUUACUACAACAAAAAUUAAAAACAAGACGAAAACGACACAAGGAAGAAGAAAAUGGAAGUGGGGGGGUUAAACGUUAAAGGCAACGGGGGGCCCACAAUGGGAUGGGCCAGGCCCACUAAUUGACCUUUUUAACGAGUUUUUUUAUUUAUUUAUUCAGGGAAAUAUUAUUAUUAUUGCAUUGGAUUCCCCCCAAAAAAAAAUUGUCCUCGUGGUUCCCGUCAAAAAAAAAAAAAAAAUUGUCCUCGUGGGGGUCACAGAAAACGACAAGUCGUUGUGGCUUGGAAAUGACCGCAUUCCCAUUUCAUAGUGAGGGGGUCCAUACUCCAUACUUCCCUCCGUUCGCCCGUUCGCCGUAUCAUGUAGGGCUCUGAGUUGCUUGCUAGCGACUUGAGUCGAGUUCGAGUAAAGCUCGUGAGCCCGUUCAUUAUUAUGGUCUAUUGAGUUUAACUAUUAAGAUGAUUUGUUUUAAGCUUAUGAAUAUACUUAUUGAGUGUGGUUAACGAGCUAGCUCGAUAUAUAAAAAAAAAAAUUAAUCUAUAGCCUAUGAGUUAGGUUAUUCAUAAUUCGUAGGUUUGUUAUAUUAUUAUAUAAGGUAAUGUCUAAUUUUAUCCAAAUUUGUUUUCAAAUUCUUUUACAUUAUCCCAACCAAUUAAAAUGCUAUUAAUUAGCCAAAUCUUUCGUAAUGCAUCAAAAUAUUAGCAAUUUUUUCGUUAUCGUUAAUAAUUUUGUAACUCUUUUCUUAGUUAAAAUACUAAAAUUUUGGAAUGUUGAUCUUCAUGGGUCUCUUCCAAGUUACUAUCAUGUUGCCAAGUCAAUAAUACUAACAAGAUUUCUCACUGAAAGUUAACAUUUUGCUAAUUCUUAGUAUUUCGAUAGAUUUGAAUAAUAUAAAAGAAUAUGAAAAAGGUUUGGAUAAAAAAUAGACAUUACCAUAUUAUACAUCUCACUGUAUGUAUGUGAUAUUUAAUACCUACUUAUUUAAUAGCCUAUGUUAGGUUAUUCGUAAUUCGUAGGUUAGCCUAUAACAUAUAGGUCUCAUUUAUAAUUUAAAAGAGAAAUUAUGUAUCAUCUAUGUUUGGAUAAUAAUUACUAUUGAAUAACAUUAUAUGAUCUGAAUACAAACGAGUAUUUGGCCUAGUGGUAAUACCACUAGUCUAAAGUCUGGAGGUCUCAAGUUUGAAUCUAUUAGGUAGUAAUUUAAUUAUAAUUUACAACAUAAGUAAAAACCUAUAUCACAUUUAUAAAAAAAAUAUUAUCCGGAAUAAUAUGAUGUAUGAGCUCAAGCCGAACUCAGAAAAUUGAUUGAUCAGCCGCAAAGUAAAGCUUGUGAGCUUAUUAGUAAGUCAAACUCGAGUUGAGCUUGAGUCAAACUCGAGCCGAUGUUUAAGUAAACACAUCAAAAUCAUCAUUUGCUGCCUUAGUUACAUGUUACCAACAUUAACCUUUUCCCUCUCCCUAUUUCUUGUCAAAACAUUUUUCUAGGAAGGACUACUAUUUGUCAAUCGGGCUAAGAUAUAUGGUUUUAACUUUUAAGUAUGUCAGCCCACUCAGGAUGUCGGCCUGCUUUAAGGGAAAGUCUGUUUCAGCCCAUUACUAUACUACCCAGAAAAUUUUCCAAUUGGGCCGACGAUGGCCCGAAGAAGAAAAUUAUUCAGUCCGUCCUCCUUCCAUGCUGCAAAAUGCAAAGCAAAAAUCCUGUUCAUGUUCAACGGAUAACAAAACGCAGUCUAACCAGAGUCGAGCUUUGUGGAAGAAGAAGCAGCAAAAAUGGCGGCCGCCUCGGGUCUGCAACCAAGGCUUCUCUCGACCUUCGUUGGCGACCGUCUUCUCCAUUCCCGACUCCCCCUCCCUCAUCUCUUCGGCUACAAAACAGGAGGUGGGCAUCAUGUGUCUAUGCGAUUCUCCAGGGCGUUUUCUGGAUUAACCAACCUUCUUUUCAAUAGAAGAAUUGUAGAAGAAGUACCAAACACCAAGAGGAAACCUCUACGCCCGGGGAAACUCUCUCCCCGGCGACCUGUCCCUGAUAAUAUUUUGAAGCCUCCUUAUGUCGACACUCGGCAGUCUCCUGGAAUCUCGAGUGGAGCUGAAGUGCAUGAUGAAAUGGGGAUAGAAUGCAUGAGGGCUUCUGGAAGACUUGCAGCACAAGUGCUUCAGUAUGCUGGGACUCUAGUAAAGCCAGGUGUAAAGACUGACGAAAUUGACGAAGCAGUGCACCAGAUGAUAAUUGAAAAUGGUGCAUAUCCCUCGCCUCUAGGAUAUGGUGGAUUUCCAAAAAGUGUAUGCACAUCGGUUAAUGAGUGCAUCUGCCAUGGGAUACCAGACUCCCGUGAGCUAGAGGAUGGUGAUAUAAUCAACAUUGAUGUUACAGUUUAUUUAAAUGGUUAUCAUGGUGAUACAUCAGCAACUUUCUUUUGUGGAGAUGUUAGCGAUAGUGCCAGAAAGCUUGUUCAGGUAACCAAAGAAUGUCUGGAUAAAGCAAUCUCGAUUUGUGCACCAGGAGUGGAGUUGAAGAAAAUUGGCAAGACUAUACAUGAUCAUGCAGAUAAACAUCGGUAUGGUGUUGUUAGGACCUUUGUUGGCCACGGUGUUGGACGUGUUUUCCAUGCUGAUCCAGUUGUUCUUCAUUGCAGGAAUAACGAGGGUGGACGCAUGAAGUUGAAUCAAACCUUUACAAUUGAGCCAAUGUUGACAAUGGGCAGCAUUAAUCCGGUGAUGUGGGACGAUGACUGGACGGUGGUGACCGAAGAUGGGAGCCUGUCAGCUCAGUUUGAACACACCAUUCUCAUUACUGAAGGUGGAGCUGAGAUACUGACACAAUGUUAAAAGGCCAAACUAGCAGAAUAAUGUGUUGGGCCAAACUGCUUUCCAGAGCAUGUGCAUUGUGAUUCUUUGUAGGUUGGAUUGAUUGGAAUGAAUUGUACUCUGUCCAGAAGAAUUCACAUUUGAUUGAUUGGAAUGAAUUGUGAUGUCUUUGUCAUUGCACUCUCUUCAGAUGUCAAUAAAGAUUGAAGUCUAUUAAAAUUUAAUAUUGAAU